GUACUCGAGAAUGGGAGGUGGAAAGGAUAAACAUGCGCAGUAUCCUCCCGGAGGACAGUAUCCUCCUGGACAAUAUCCUCCAGGAGGACAGUAUCCCCCCGGAGUACAAUAUCCUCCGGGACAGUAUCCUCCAGCACCCGGAGCUUACCCUCCACAACCUGGGGCUUACCCUCCUCAACAAGGAUAUCUACCACAAGGUUAUCCUACUGCACAAGGAUAUCCACCUGCGGGACAUCCUCCACAAGGGUAUCCGCCAGCAGGUUACCCCGGUCAACCUGCUCCACACCAUACCGGGCAUGGAAUGAUGGCCGGAGUUGCAGCUGCCGGAGCUGCAGCCUAUGGUGCUCAUCACAUGGGACACGGCGAAGGCCAUUACCCUGCACCUGGUACUGCUCAUUAUGGACAUUAUGAUCAUGGAAAACAUGGUAAGUUUAAGCAUGGAAAGGCACAAGGGAAAUACAAACAUGGCAAAUUUGGCAAGAAUCAUGGUGGCAAAUUCAAGAAGUGGAAGUAA